AUGACUAAAGUACCGUGGUUCGUAUCGGAGCCUCAUCGGGUGCUAUUCCUCGUGCCCGCCAAGGCUCUAUGGCAGCCUAGGGCUGAGCGGCCAGUCCGUCGUAAGGACGAUGGCACGCGAAGGACGAGGGGCAAGCAAGUGCUGCUGCUGCGCGAUCCGAAAGGCGGGAUGGAUGGAUGGAUAGAUGGAUGGAUGGGGCACCGUCUUUGGUCCGCAGUCGUCCCGUUUUCUCAAACCCACACGAUGAGGCAGGUUGACUAUCCAGUCCGUCCACCACCCCGCCGCCAGGCUGUGCCGUGCGGUUUCACUGACAUCUCAUCCUUCCCUGUCACUCAACCUCCCCCUACUCAUCAGCCAACCGAUACCAUGCAUUUCUCAACUGUUGUUGGCGCCGCUGCACUGGCUACCCUCGCCAACGCAAGCCCUCUCGUCCGCCGUCAAGGUCCCGCCGUCGGCCAGGUUAUCUCCAAGUGCACACAGAACGGCGUCGUCGCCCUCACCUUUGACGAUGGCCCCUUCACCUACACCUCCCAGCUGCUCGACACCCUCGCCGCAAACAACGUCAAGGCCACCUUCUUCGUCAACGGCAACAACUGGGGCAACAUCGAGACGGCACCCGGUCCGGACAACAUCCGCCGCAUGAAGGCCGAGGGCCACCUCAUCGGUUCCCACACCUACUCCCACCCGGACCUGAGCACUCUCUCCUCGGCGGACCGCAUCUCUCAGAUGACCCAGCUCGAGGACGCAACCCGCCGUAUCGCCGGCUUCGCGCCCAAGUACAUGCGCGCGCCGUUCCUCUCCUGCGACGCCGCGUGCCUGAGCGAUAUGGCCAGCCUGGGCUACCACGUCAUCGACACCAGCCUCGAUACGAAGGAUUACGAGAACGAUACCCCCGAGACCACGCACAUCUCGGCUGAGAAGUUCAACAACGAGCUCAGCGCCGACGCCGCGGGCAACAGCUACAUUGUUCUCUCCCACGACGUCCAUCAGCAGACUGUCGUCUCUCUGGUGCAGAAGAUGAUCGACAACCUCAAGUCCAAGGGCUACCGCGCCGUCACCGUCGGAGAGUGCCUCGGCGACGCUCCCGAGAACUGGUACAAGGCCUAG